AUGAGCCGAGAGGCACAGCUUGGCGUUGGUGUUCCACUCGCGCGCAUACAGCAGCAGAUGCCGCUGCUGUUCCUUCUAUUCAUUCAGUCUUACCCAGUCCCCUACCUGCAUAAGCGUUGCUGGAGGGUGGUGCUUCAACACUGCAGCCAGCAAGCGUUGCGCCGAGAGGCACAGCUUGGCGUUGGUGUUCCACUCGCGCGCAUACAGCAGCAGAUGCCGCUGCUGUUCCUUCUAUUCAUUCAGUCUUACCCAGUCCCCUACCUGCAUAAGCGUUGCUGGAGGGUGGUGCUUCAACACUGCAGCCAGCAAGCGUUGAGCCGAGAGGCACAGCUUGGCGUUGGUGUUCCACUCGCGCGCAUACAGCAGCAGAUGCCGCUGCUGUUCCUUCUAUUCAUUCAGUCUUACCCAGUCCCCUACCUGCAUAAGCGUUGCUGGAGGGUGGUGCUUCAACACUGCAGCCAGCAAGCGUUGCGCCGAGAGGCACAGCUUGGCGUUGGUGUUCCACUCGCGCGCAUACAGCAGCAGAUGCCGCUGCUGUUCCUUCUAUUCAUUCAGUCUUACCCAGUCCCCUACCUGCAUAAGCGUUGCUGGAGGGUGGUGCUUCAACACUGCAGCCAGCAAGCGUUGCGCCGAGAGGCACAGCUUGGCGUUGGUGUUCCACUCGCGCGCAUACAGCAGCAGAUGCCGCUGCUGUUCCUUCUAUUCAUUCAGUCUUACCCAGUCCCCUACCUGCAUAAGCGUUGCUGGAGGGUGGUGCUUCAACACUGCAGCCAGCAAGCGUUGCGCCGAGAGGCACAGCUUGGCGUUGGUGUUCCACUCGCGCGCAUACAGCAGCAGAUGCCGCUGCUGUUCCUUCUAUUCAUUCAGUCUUACCCAGUCCCCUACCUGCAUAAGCGUUGCUGGAGGGUGGUGCUUCAACACUGCAGCCAGCAAGCGUUGCGCCGAGAGGCACAGCUUGGCGUUGGUGUUCCACUCGCGCGCAUACAGCAGCAGAUGCCGCUGCUGUUCCUUCUAUUCAUUCAGUCUUACCCAGUCCCCUACCUGCAUAAGCGUUGCUGGAGGGUGGUGCUUCAACACUGCAGCCAGCAAGCGUUGCGCCGAGAGGCACAGCUUGGCGUUGGUGUUCCACUCGCGCGCAUACAGCAGCAGAUGCCGCUGCUGUUCCUUCUAUUCAUUCAGUCUUACCCAGUCCCCUACCUGCAUAAGCGUUGCUGGAGGGUGGUGCUUCAACACUGCAGCCAGCAAGCGUUGCGCCGAGAGGCACAGCUUGGCGUUGGUGUUCCACUCGCGCGCAUACAGCAGCAGAUGCCGCUGCUGUUCCUUCUAUUCAUUCAGUCUUACCCAGUCCCCUACCUGCAUAAGCGUUGCUGGAGGGUGGUGCUUCAACACUGCAGCCAGCAAGCGUUGCGCCGAGAGGCACAGCUUGGCGUUGGUGUUCCACUCGCGCGCAUACAGCAGCAGAUGCCGCUGCUGUUCCUUCUAUUCAUUCAGUCUUACCCAGUCCCCUACCUGCAUAAGCGUUGCUGGAGGGUGGUGCUUCAACACUGCAGCCAGCAAGCGUUGCGCCGAGAGGCACAGCUUGGCGUUGGUGUUCCACUCGCGCGCAUACAGCAGCAGAUGCCGCUGCUGUUCCUUCUAUUCAUUCAGUCUUACCCAGUCCCCUACCUGCAUAAGCGUUGCUGGAGGGUGGUGCUUCAACACUGCAGCCAGCAAGCGUUGCGCCGAGAGGCACAGCUUGGCGUUGGUGUUCCACUCGCGCGCAUACAGCAGCAGAUGCCGCUGCUGUUCCUUCUAUUCAUUCAGUCUUACCCAGUCCCCUACCUGCAUAAGCGUUGCUGGAGGGUGGUGCUUCAACACUGCAGCCAGCAAGCGUUGCGCCGAGAGGCACAGCUUGGCGUUGCUAUGGACUCACUUGAUAAGGUCGGACAGAAGGGCUGUGUGUAA